GUCCAUGAAAUUAUUUGUAGACAAAGACACGAGUUUUUCUUGAGAGAGAAACGCUGUCUUCUUGGUCAAGGCGAUCAUCGCGAGGAAUUCCGAUCAGCUAGCAUCCGGCGAUUCCAUAACCCAACGCAUUUGCCUCUUUCGGAACUGCUCAAUGAAAUCUGGAACAUCUUCCUUGAAUCCAUAUGCUGCAGCAUACAUUCCCCUUUCAAGAAGAAAUACUGCAUGGCAAGACACAGAUCCUAAGAGCAAGAAUGAGACUGGUAAGGUGGGACUUCACACUAAAGGUGUAGCAUGGAACCAACAUCAAGCUAGUGAUGAGUACAUGAUGAAGGGAAAGAUAACCUAUGGCUCCUAUGGUUCAACUUCCCAAAGUUCAAAAGAUAGAUUUGAUAAGGCAAAUCUUACUGAAGAGUUUGAUAUGGAUUUGACAUACCUUCAGAUGACAUUUCCUGGUAUAUCAGAUGAGUCACUUGCAGAGGUUUAUUUGGCAAAUAAGAGAGACUUGGAAGCAGCAGUCGAAAUGUUGAGGCAACUUGAGCUGGACACAGAUGAUUUUUCUGAUCUUCCAGACAGCUUGGAUAUUGGAGAUAUUGUGGAAUCUGGAUUUAGCCUGAAGAAUGGGAAAGAUGAAAUAGCAGGUUCUUCAAUUGGAUCCUCAUAAAUGGUACACCAGAUGAUCAUGCUUCCCCUUAGCCAUAACAAAAAAUCCGAAAAACAAAUAAUCCAAAAACAUAAUUUAGUUUUCUGGUUUUUAAAUUAUGAACUAUAGCAAGGUAAGAAGAGUUUGGUUAGGCUUGGUUUUUGUUUGUAUAGUUCUUUGCUAUUUGAAAAUGCUUUGUUUCUUUAUUUCCAUCAUGACUUGAACCAUCA